AACCGAUAAAAAGACUCGGACAGUGAUGGAGCGUAGGGAUUACAUCGAACCUAUGAAACUAUUCACCGGAAGUGCGCAUUUGUCAGUAGUGAAACAACGAAAGUUAAUUCCUUUAAAAUUUAGCAUUUAAUCAGUUAAUUAAUAUAUUUAAUCCUUAAAAAUUCAAUAGAAAGGGUUUUCAAAAUUUAAUUUAUUAUUUUUUUUAUUAUAGUUAUAUUAAAAAUAAAUGUGUUUAUGGAAUCGUAAAUAGAUUUGUUUACAUACAGCGGAAUUUCGAAUUGCCCUGUGUCUUCACGCUGUCGCCAGAGAAAAACGGUUAAAACCACACGUAGUUAUGGCAUCCUUUGAAGAAUGUGUUGAACAUGCAACUAAUUCGUUGGGCUUGGAAUUUUCUUUAAAAGACAAGCAACUAGAAACCCUACGUUCAUUAUUUAUUGGACAUGACUGUGUCUCUGUUAUGCCAACUGGAUAUGGCAAGAGUAUUAUUUUCCAGUGCCUUCCAUGGCUGUUUCAGCAAAAAAGAGGUCUACCACAUCCUUUAAUUGCCAUUAUUGUGAGCCCUUUGACAUCUUUAAUGCAGGACCAAGUGAUGAGUCUAUGUGAAAAAGGAAUUAAAGCCUGUUUUUUAAAUUGUGAAGGUACAUAUGGAAGCACUUACAAAGUGAGGUACGAAGAAGAAGAUGAUGAUGAAUCAGAUGAUGCCGAGACAGAUGUCCAUUUACCAUCUUCGACAUCCUUAAUAGAGCUACAGAGGGGAGAGUAUAACAUUAUAUAUGCGCACCCGGAAACUCUUCUUAACAACAAGAAAAUUUCAUCUAUGCUGAGAUCCAAAUUGUACCAGCAGAGAGUCUGUGCAGUUGUGAUUGAUGAAGUACAUAUGGUGGCAGAAUGGGGGGUGUCAUUUCGCAAAGCGUUCAAGAAGUUGUCUGAGCUGGUAUGUAUUUUCCCAACACCAGAUACUGUGCAUCUUGCCGUGACAGCAACAGCUACACCAACAGCUAUCAAAGAACUAGUAGAUGACCUACAAUUCACAGAUGUUACCAUUAUCACCGUAAAUCCAGACCGUCCUAAUAUUAAACUUGAGAUAAAGACACGCCUUCCAAACAUAAGAAAGUAUGAAAAACUGGAUGAAUUGCUGCACCCUUUAGCCCAGGAGUUGCGUGACAUGCUUUCUAGUUUUCCUCUCACCAUUGUUUAUAUCAAUCAAUUAGAAGCAUUAGGCUACUGUUAUCAAUACAUUGAAGAUUUAUUAGGUGAAUUUUCUUAUUUUCCAGUCCAUGACCCGAUCCCUGAAAACAGAUUAUUUGCACAAUUUCAUAAGGAUUAUACAUCUAAAAUGAAAGCUCAUAUAGUUAAUGAAUUACGAAAAGAAAAUCCUACACUAAGAUUAAUAUUUGCCACUGUUGCUCUUGGAAUGGGUUUAAAUGCACCGGCCAUAUCUCGUGUCAUUCACUUUCAGCCUCCGACAACUCUUGAGAAAUAUCUACAAGAGAUUGGUAGAGCAGGUCGUAAUGGACAACAAGCCACAGCUAUUUUAUAUUAUAAUAUGAGUGACAUUGCACCAAACAGAAAAGGUCUCUCAGAAGAAAUUAGAAAAUUUUGCUUAAAUAAAUGUACAUGUUUAAGAAAACAUUUGUUGGAAUAUUUUGGGUUUUCAGAUGUUCUUUAUUGUGGUUCACCAGAUAAUUGUUGCUCUAAUUGUCAGAAGAAGUGAAUUUGUGUAUGUUUUUUUUUCUUUUUGCUUUCUUCUUGUGAGAAAUCUAAUUUAUUUGUAUUUUAAAAUAUGCAAUAUUCUAGCAAAUGUAGCAGUAGAUUACUUACCAAAUAUAUGUACGGUUAUAAUAUGAACAAGAAGUGUGUGAGGAAAUGCUCACUAUGAAUUCCCCAAUCUGAUGUGAAUAUACCCUCUCAUAUUGAUACAAACAAACAGAAAAUGAUUUCCAAUAUAAAGCAUGCCUUAACAAUUAUUGUGCUAGAAUUUCAAGCAUCUGUGAUGAGUCAAAAACGUGGUACAGUCAGAUGCACCAAUAAAUACUAAGAAAGUUUACAUCAGACAGAAACACAAGGGUAAAACAGUAUACCCCCCUCUCCUUCACAGCAAGGGUGUAAAUAUGUGAAUUAACAUUCAAAUAGUACAAGAUAUAUUAGGAUUUUAAUUUAUAAUAUUGUGUUUUACAUACAUGUGUACAAUAAACAUUUUACACAACAUUUCUAUUGUUACAGUAAAUGUAUAUCUAUACAGAACAACAUUUUUGUGCUACCCUAUCCUGCAUGUACAUCAUUCCUUUUAAAGGCAU